UUUUUGUUAAACGGAUUCUUAAUUAUUACUAAACCCCACGUUCUCUAGUUUCCUCUUUCACCUCGGACUCUGAAUCGAGUCUACAAUAAAUCUUUGUUUUUGUUUUCGUUUUCAACAUAAAUUUUCGCAUAUUUUGACCAAGUUCUCUCUCUGCGUCUUUCUCUAUUUCUAAGCCCGUCGAAGGAUUAGGGUUUUGCUGCACAAAAUUUCGAAUUUCCACCCAAAAAAAAAAAACAAUUCCUUCGAUUUUCUCGGCAUCUUCUCAGAAUCACUCUUUGCAAGAUCGUGACUACUUUUCUUUUGAGAAAGUGACAACAAGAUGGAGGACUGGGAGGAUGAGCAGAUUCCACCUAUCCCUACAAAGGAGCAGCCUAAAAAUAACUGGGAUGAUGAAGAUGUGGACGAUGAUGGUGUGAAGGAAUCAUGGGAGGAUGAAGAUGAACCUACACCGGCACCUGAAACUAAACCUCCAGUUGAAAAGGCUCCAAAGAAAGUGAAAGCUGCUGAAAAGAAAGGAAAAACUGUGGAAGUAGUAAAAGAAGAGCCACUAGAUCCUGUAGCUGAGAAACUUCGCCAACAACGGCUGGUGGAAGAAGCAGAUUAUAAAUCUACUAAAGAACUAUUUGGUGAGAGAGGAGAUGAGAAGACUCUUGAUAAUUUUAUUCCCAAAUCAGAAAGUGAUUUCUUGGAAUAUGCCGAGCUCGUAUCAAAUAAGCUGCGACCAUUUGAGAAAAGUUACCAUUAUAUUACCUUACUCAAGGCUGUAAUGAGACUGUCAAUGACUACUUUGAAAGCAGCAGAUGCAAAAGAUGUUGCAUCUUCUGUCUCGGCAAUUGCAAAUGAAAAGCUAAAAGCAGAAAAGGAAGCAAAUGCUGGUAAAAAGAAAGGUGGUGUCCUCAAUUGUUCUGUAAUGAGGAAUUUAUCAAUAACUUAUCAAUUGGUGUUUCUCAAUUGUUUUUCCUUGCCUUGCAGGCCCUAAGAAAAAGCAGCUCCAUGUUGACAAGCCAGACGAUGAUAUUGCCGUUACUUCCUAUGAUGCUCUUGAUGACUAUGAUUUCAUGUGAGUGUUUUGUUCCAGUCAGAAAUGGGAUUUUGCUUUUAAAACAUUGAAGAAGGGAUAAGUUCCUCCGGCGUCCCCCUCAAAUAUUCACGAGUGUUAUUGCUGUAUUUGUUGAAUAAGAGAUUGUGGCAGAUUGCCUUCCUAUAUUUUAUGUUCAAUUUUGCUAGUUUUGGAUACUAGUAGAUCAACAUUUGUCUGCUUAUACUAUAUGUUGUGUUUGCCUGAGUCAUUGAAAAAUUUGUGACCCUGUCGAAAGUAAAAUUACUAGUUAUUGAGAUUUUUUUAUUUAAGUC